AUGGGUGGCCUUCUUGGCAUCAAGCCGGCCGAUCCCAACGUUGCGAUGACGCAACCCAAGCAGUCUGCAGAAGGCACCUUUGAGCAAAGCCUCAGUCUCAACGAGCUCUUCGGUGCCUUGAUCUGCUGUUCCCGCGGCACGGUCGCUUCCAAG